CUUAGCACUGAACCAGUUAAAGAGGUCUCAAACUGGAUUAUUCCUGCAGUGUGUUUUGGACCUUAGAUGCCAGUUUCAGUGGUUUGGAUCUUGGCUUGUGUUUUGGGCCUAUUAUAUCAUGGGAGUUGGUUGGUUUUGUUUUUUAAUCACUGUGAGGAAGAAGAAGACAGAAACGUAGUUCCGGCCCUGAGGCGGAACGUUGAUUUCCUCAGGGCUGUGUUUACCGUUACCAUGGAGACGGUUGUCUCCUGUACUUUGUCUAAGUGGAGAGUGACAGCCUUGGGUUGAGAAGUGGCUCCGUUUGUAUUUGUAUUUCCUUAUGAAGAGUGAGGCCACAUGGUUAUGCCACUGCUGACAACAGGAUUGGUGUGAGCAGGAGAAGUGUGUCUGCUGCUGCUGCUGUUCCCGCUGUUCUUCAUUGCAAAAGGAGUGGGGCAAAAGGAGCUCUUGGGAGUUGUAGUAGCCAAAGGAAGUUUGGAAAAUGGAGUUGGGCCCUACAGAUUUGAUGGAGCGCAAAGGAACCCUGACUUUGCGCUCCAAUCAUGCCUACUAUGGGAGACCAACUCUUGUGUACCGAUGGUAUUGUAACAGACAGACUGAACCUAAGGAUUAUGACAUACAUGAAAUUCCUCUGGGCUCCAAAAAUCUAUGUCGCUCUACAUACUGGCGACUUGGGACGAUGGAUCAGAGAGUUCUUACAGAUAAGAUGGAUAAAAAUAUAACACCGAGGAAUACUACUAAUUCAUAUUUUCUAUUUAACAGGCUUCUUGAUACAACAUACCAAAUAGACUAUGUUCCACCAUAUGACUAUCAACCAUAUGUUACACUUGAUGCUGGGGGCUACUCUGUAGUUCACAGAAAAUGUCAUUCUCAGUUUACUGACACAGGAGACUACAGAAGGCAUGGUAUCAACACAUGGCAUGAUGAGAGUGGAGUUUAUGCUAACGCAGAUCUAAAGCAAAAAGUAUUUCCUGUAACUAACCCUAUACCGACAAAUGUGCACGAAGAAGGUUCUUAAGCAUUGCUAACAAUACAAAGAGUCAACGAGAAAGAGAAAAUGUGUAUCUGUAUACAUUAUAUUUUUUGUAGAAUCAUUGUCAUGGUUCUAGACUAAAUCUGUGCAGUUAUACAAUAAAUAAAUUGGGAGCUAAAACUUUCCUCUUCUUC